CGCGCCGGGCGGAGCGCCGCUGGGGCCAGCGGGAUGGCCGGGGCGCUUGCGGCCCUGGCGCUGGGUGGUGGGAUCUUCCUGGCCGCCUGGCGUUGGCUGCGGGGCGCGGCCCGACCUCGGGCCAUCGCCGGCUCCUCCAUGCGGGGCAAGACGGUGAUCAUCACGGGGGCCAACAGCGGGCUGGGCCGGGCGGCGGCGGCCGAGCUGUUGCGGAUGCAGGCCCGCGUCAUCAUGGGCUGCCGCGAUCGGGCGCGGGCCGAGAGGGCGGCCCGGGAGAUCCGUGCCGAGGUUGGCGAGCGGGCGGAGGGCGAGGACAGCGGCGAGCUGGUGGUCCGGGAGCUGGACCUGGCCUCGCUCCGCUCCGUCCGCGCCUUCUGCCACCGCGUCCUUCAGGAGGAGCCAAGACUGGAUGUUCUGAUAAAUAAUGCAGGGGUAUUCCAGUGUCCAUACAUGAAGACAGAGGAUGGUUUUGAGAUGCAGUUUGGUGUAAAUCACUUGGGUCACUUCUUGCUCACCAACCUUCUUCUGGGCCUACUCAAAAAUUCUGCUCCAAGCAGGAUUGUGGUAGUAUCCUCAAAGCUUUACAAAUAUGGAGAGAUCAACUUCGAAGACUUGAACAGUGAACUAAGUUACAAUAAAAGCUUCUGUUACAGUCGGAGUAAACUGGCAAACAUAUUAUUUGCAAGGGAGCUGGCCCGUCGGCUAGAAGGGACAGGAGUCACUGUCAAUUCUCUUCAUCCUGGGAUUGUCAGAACUAAUCUAGGCAGAUACGUGAACAUUCCUUUGCUGGCAAAACCCUUAUUCAACUUGGUGUCCUGGGCUUUCUUCAAAACACCUCUAGAAGGAGCCCAGACCUCUAUUUAUUUGGCCUCUUCUCCUGAUGUCGAAGGAGUGUCAGGAAAAUAUUUUGGGGACUGCAAAGAGGAGGAACUCCUGCCUAAAGCCAUGGAUGAUUUGGUUGCAAGAAAGUUAUGGGAUAUCAGUGAAGUGAUGGUUGGCUUAUUGAAAUAAAUGCCGAGGGAGGGUAUGUGCAGAGUACAGUGCAGAUAACUAUGCAACGUGCAUUUACAGCAGUGUAACUUCUCACUUUAAAGCCUGUGGGAAUACAGAGUUUUUUGCUCAGAAAGUAGUAGAGGAGUGAUUUAUACUGGAACUAUUUUGAAAUAAAGGACAGUGUAUUUAAUAGACACAGACAUUCAAAAAAAGGUCUGAAAUAGAGUUCAAAGAUGUGAAUAUAAUUGCUGGUUAAAUCUGCUUGGAAACUCAUGUUUUACAAAGAAAAAUCCAACAAAACUUUUGCAAUACAUGUGCAUAUUUGUCAUGUUUCACUCUCUGUGGUCAGGCUUGACUGAUGCUGAAACACUUCUGUAAAAAAGACUUUUGAAGAGAGAUUGUAAUAGUAGUAAUAAUAAUAACAUUGUUGUCUUUUUUUGAGCCAAAAAAAUGAAAAACUGAUUUAACAGCUUUACUGAUGUCUUACGCUGUAAUCAUUUAGGCCUCUUGAGUGCCAUUCAAAGACUUGUGAGCCCCAUGGUUUAGUGAACAAGCCUGCUGAGCUGUGUAUCAGUUUAGCUGUGAAGCACAAAGACAACUUCAUGGAGUGCUGCUGCUGCUAUUUAAUGAGUGCAUACACUGUGUCGUGCAAGCUAUUUUUAUUUGUGUGUGUACUGAAGUUGCUGUUUCUUGAUAUGCAGACACCUUGGGUUUCAUUAAAGCACAGUUGAUGGAUGUAUUAUGGUCUUGCUAGGGGUUUGGCCGUCACAAAUUCUGUGCAUGCAGAAUUCACACAAGACCUCACUUAGGAUUAGACUGAAGAGAAUGUGCUCUACAGUGUGUCUUUGGCUUGACUGAUGACACUUAUUCUUGUGAUAAGUCUGUAAUACAGUUUACUGAAUAUUAUUUAAUAAAAAAUAUUUUUUAAAAGCCUUAA